UUGCCACGACCUGCUCAGUUCUCGCUGCCCUCGGCUCUCUCGGAACCCCAGAUCGCCAGGACGUACAAGACGUAUGGAGGUGCCCCGCCUUAAUUGCCCACCCUCUGCCGAGCUUAAAGUCAGUACCAGAUAACCCAGUGAUUGACCAUUUAUAGCCCGUGAUACCUUCUCCAGUUCCAGGUCUUCGUCCUCUGAUCUCGUCGUACGUCAUUGCAGAAAUGGCUCCUAUUAACGAUCGCACACUCAGCAUUCUCAUCACCGGAUUUGGUCCAUUCAGCGUCAAGAAAGUUAAUGUCAAGAUCGAAACGAAUCCGUCAUCAGAGCUGAUCCGCUUCCUUCCUGAUACCAUCGCCUUGCCCGAUGGGCCGGACGCUCCACUGACGAAGAGCAGGGAUAACCACGUCUCUUAUCCGGGACUCAAGGCAAUGGUUGAGAAGGUGUACGAAGAGCAAGAAUGGGACUACAUCUUCCACUGCGGUGCAUCUGCCGCGCGCCCCAAAGUGUCCAUUGAGACCCGUGCACGACGUUCGGGGUAUGAGUUGCCUGAUACCGAUGGGCUGGUCACGCCCGGAGGGUUCGCCGUUCCGAAGGGCGAGGGAGAACAGGAGUACGCAACUGCUAUCGACGUUCCUGCACUUGUAGCCCAUUUGGAGGGAAAGGGUUGGGAAGGCAAAGUGCAAGUCAGUAACGACGCUGGGUUGUAUUUGUGUGAAUGGACAUAUUUUCACUCCCUGAAAGCAGCUACUGGAAAGAAGACGAAAGUUUUGUUCAUUCAUGUUCCAAGCCCUGGUGGGGAGCUUGAGUGGACGCAUGAGAAAUUGUCGGCUUGCGUGAAGGAUGCCAUGACGUGGGUCAUUAUGAAAGGCGAGGAGGCUUCGUCGGCUUAAACGAUUGUGUGACAAGGAUUGUGUGGUUACACGGGAUGUACAAUCAGAGGGUGAACGAAGAUAAUGACAGUCAAGAGAUACCGGAUCGUUAUAAAUUAACAAGUCGAUGAUACCACGCCUAGAGUCCAGGACCUACAAAUAGAAUACCGUCUUUGAUAUCGCC